AUGUUGCUUAAGUGCGGGUUGAUGUUGAGUACCCUCUACUCCCUGUCUUUGGCCCAAGAGCUCUUCAACGUCCAAUUUGAGUGGAAGAACGGGACAAACUACACCUGGCCAUCUUAUGAAGAAUAUCAACAAGCUGUCAAGGACAAGUCCUAUGUGGCUGAUAGAAACUGGGUGAGGAGCGUUAAGUUUUGGAAGGAAAACAUGUAUUUGACCAUACACGGCUGGAACACAGGUGUACCAGUAACACUGGCCGUAACCCCAGCCACACCGGUAAAUGGCAACAAGUCACCAUUGCUCAAACCGUACCCUAACUGGGACAUGCAGAGACUUAGUGGUGACUGCUCGGACUUCCAGUCCAUCUGGAGUAUUGAGAUCGAUCCAAUGGGCAGAAUGUGGGUAGUGGACAGUGGAAACGAAUUAAUCACAAGAACCAACAGCGUUGAAUGUUCCCCGCGUUUGGUGAUCCUUGAUCUUGAAGACGAAGGCAAGGUACUCGUGAAUCACGUUUUCCCACCUAAAGUGGUGGGUCUGAAUAAACUCGUACUCGGUAACAUCGUGUUGGACCACACAAAUGGCGGCUUUGCUUAUAUUAGCUUCGAAAGAUAUGGACAUGGCUUGAUUGUCUUUUCGCUGCAGACCCUCACCUCAUGGAAGAUCAAGGUAGGUGGGCAUUCGAUCACUGAAAUGGCUUUAUCACCAGCAGAUGGAGAAAAUGGUCGGGUACUCUACUACGUGACUGAAUAUCCGCGUGAAGUAUAUGCUAUACCUACCCACGUGCUUCAGAGUCGGAACUUAAGCUCGAGCACCAGUCAAGAGGUCAAAAAGCUGAACUUGAAGAAAGACCUAUGGAGGGGCAUCACCGUAUCUAACACGGGUAUCAUCUUUCUUAGCACGGUCUAUCCUGUAUGCGUGUAUGAGUAUAGUCUAAAAAAUUCGUUCUCUUUUACAUUAAGAAAGAAGAUUGAAUAUGCUUUGAGCAAAGGCGAACGCUUGAAUUACCCGACCUUCGACGAAGAAGGUAAUCUCUGGUUUGUCAGAGCAUAUAAAAAUCAAAUCAUUGUAUUUCCAAAGACUGGAAUGAAAAGUUAUCAGUACUACGGAAACAGUACUGUAUCGCAAAGAUCUCGUGUAUCUGCUGGCGAGGCGAAAGACGAGCUAAUUUCGGCUGCAUCAAUAAUAAAACUUCGUACAUUGGAUAGACAGAAACAAAUUAGUGUUAAAGAAUGUCGCAACUUUUACAAACUAGAUUAG